AUUACACCGCGUCACGUCUCGAAUCAAAUCUCUCGGGCAACCAUGUCGAACUUAUCGGAUACAUCACGACUAAAGGCCACCGUUUUUGUCGGCGGUCUCGAUCAGGCAGUCACUCAACAAACCCUCUACCACGCGUUCCUGCCUUUUGGCGACAUUGUCGAAGUCAACCUGCCGAAACCAGAAAACCAAAAGCAGGGCGAAGAACAUCGGGGGUUCGGCUAUGUCGAGUUUGAGGCAGCAAGUGAUGCGAUAGACGCCAUUGAUAACAUGGACCGGAGCGAGCUGUACGGUUCCGUCAUCAAGGUAGCACCAGCCAAACCUCAGAAAGAUGCAAAUGAAGGAUUAGGCAGCAAGACUGCAGUUUGGGAGCAGGAGGGCUGGUUGGCCAAGCAUGCUGUGAGCGAGGAGGAUAAAGCCAACGAGCAAGCAAAAGAGGAAGAUAGUGGACCUAUGGACCCUAUGCAAGGCUUGGAGGGCCUAGAUGAAGCAGGACCGAAGCCAGCGUGAUCUCCAUUUCCCAAAGACGGACAGUAAGGCGUUUCUAGGCGUACAGGGAAAAGCAUAUACGAUACCACGUGCUGCUAUUACACCAUUUACCAUGAUGCAUUAGCCUCCUACAUCACAUGUGCAGUUAUGGUUCAGGCAUCACAAUAUCAAACUCCCGUGCCCUACCGUGCCGUGACAUGAUGUAACACGUAAUCUCAAGGGUAUCUCA